GGAUCGGGACGGGUCUGUAGCCUGUGUAGGAGGGCAUUGCUGUCGGGAUGUUCCGCCACAGAGUUGGACUUGCGCCGCGUUAAUUAAUGCACGUUCGGCUGGAACUGUGUGGAGUUGUGUGUUUCUGCAUUGGUGUGUACAGCAGGACAUUCCGACAAACCGGUUUGUUUAAAGUAGAAAUUGCCGAGAGACCGGUGGGAUCCGAGCAACAGGGACUGAAGUUCUGACGAGUUUUCCUCGUUUUCGAAGCACUUAAGCGUCCCACAGACUCGGAGUACGUCCAGUUGGAGAGGCAGAGAACAAAGACGAUGUGCAGCGACAUGGACUGAAGUGUCGUGUUUCUGGAAAGUUUCUGUUUGUGUGUGAGAGUUAGUGUGUGCGCGCGAGCGCGCUCCCGUCCGUCCGCUCACUGAGCGCCAUCAUGUCCGCGUGGAGGGGAGCAGCCCUCCUGGGCGUCGCGGUGUCCGGCGGACUUGCCUUCUACCUCUACACGUCCUCAUCCUCCCGGAAGAAGCAGCAGCACAGUGACAGUGUCCGCGCGGAGCGGGCCCCGGAGAACAGCCGCUCGAACCCGGAGGCGGAGUCCUCCGCGCGCUCCGAGGUGAGGUCUUCUGGCAGUCAGGUCCUGGUUCUGGGUCUUGAUGGUGCUGGGAAGACCAGUCUGCUGCACUACUUCGCCGGCAACAGCCUCAUUCAGGAUGUGACCCCGACCGAGGGCUUCAAUGCCGUGUCCAUCAACAAGGAGGACUUCCAUGUUGAAUUCCUUGAGAUCGGUGGUACUGAGAACCUCAGAUCCUACUGGAAAAAGUACCUGUGCAAGGCCCAGGUCCUUGUGUAUGUGGUGGACUCUUCUGAUGCGAGACGCUUCCCCCUGGCCAAGAAACACCUCCACGAGCUGAUUGCAGGGGACCCCCACCUUGCACUCGUGGUCCUGGCUAACAAGCAGGAUGUGGCUGGGGCCUGUGGCAUCACUGAGCUCCACGAAGCCCUGAGCUUGGCUGAAGUUGGAGAUGAGCGGAAGUUGUUCCUCAUUGGUACAUACGUGAAGAAGGGUGAUUCUGAGAUUCCCUCUAGCGUCCAGGAUGCCCGGGACUUGAUCUUCCACAUGAUUUCCGACAGCAGAUAAGGAGCACCUCAUUGCAGAAGCUAGGAAUUCACCAAAGGUCAACUUCAAAGGGCAGGGCUAUACUUUCUUUUCAGUCUGAAGGCCUCAUGCUUAAUGUGGUGGUAAAAUCCAAAUAUGUAACAUUAUUUUAGUAGAAACAAUUUUUUGCAUCGGAUUGUUUUUUUGAAUGUGUCAACACAUUAGGUGAAUAAUAAAGACACAAAUUUUUGUUUUACUAUGAGAUAAACCUGUAGAGUAAGAAAGUAAGUAAAGGUGUUUAUCUGCUCAUUACUGUUAAUCUGGAAUUAUGGGUAAUGAACUUGAUUGGUGGCUCCUGGUUGGUUAAGAUGCUAACAGAGCCAGCCAGUAGCCACCCUUGGCUGUCUGAGAGGUGCCAGUUCCAUGCUGUGCAAGAAAAUCUCGUGCCAGCCAUCGCAAAGGUCACCUUUAUAAAACUAAAGGGAAAAAAUAAAGACAGAAUUUAGCAAAAAUUUGUUAUGCUUGUAAGUCUUCUCUCACAUUGGUAUUUUUUUAGCGAUGAAAGUUUACUGAAGUGUCUUACAAAGAGAACUAUAUUACUGCAAUGCGUGUUUUAAAUAUCACAUUUUAGUCUGCUAUUAUAAACAUAUGGUACAAAAGGGCUUUAAUUUGUGAAAGACUUUACCAGAAACAAACAGCACUGUGUACUGCUAACCAAAGUCAUGAUGUCAGGGAGAAUAAAACCGUUUUUCACACAUUUACAUAUUUUGCAGUGGUGACUUAUGAGUUCAAGAUCUAUGCAGUGUUUUGUUAUUACUUUCAAAGUUUAUAAUAAUUUAAC